UAUUCAAUCCUUAUUUGUCUGAGGUGCAAGGUAAUGUGUGCUGUUCUCUCUUGUUGAACUUCUCUUUAAUCCUCUGAUCUUGGAUUAAGGGAAAAACAGAAACACCAGCCAGAAAAUUCCUGAGCCUUGUUUUGCAUCAUUCUUGAGGAGGAAAGCCAAAAUGUCAUUCACAGGAACUCUUGAUAAAUGCAAGGCUUGUGAUAAGACUGUUUAUGUGGUUGACUUGUUAACUCUUGAAGGUAUACCUUACCAUAAGAACUGCUUCCGAUGCAGUCACUGCAAGGGAUACCUCACGAUGAGUACAUACUCUUCAAUGGACGGUGUCCUCUACUGCAAGCCACACUUUGAACAGCUUUUCAAGGAAUCUGGCAAUUUCAGCAAGAACUUUCAGACAGCAAGAUCUUCUGAAAAACAAAAUGAGAUGAAUAAGACCCCCAACCGACUCUCGUCCAUGUUCAGUGGAACUCUAGACAAAUGUUCAGUUUGCUCAAAAACAGUCUAUCCUCUGGAAAAGAUGACACUGGAAGGGGAAUGCUAUCACAAGACUUGCUUUAGGUGUGCUCAUGCAGGUUGCCACCUCACACAUUCCUCCUAUGCUGCCCUAGACGGUGUCCUCUACUGCAGGCACCAUUUCCAACAGCUUUUCAUGGAGAAAGGGAACUACCAUCACGUACUCCAAGCUGCUGCAAACAGGAAGAAUGUCACACCACCUCCUGAACCAGUCGAAGAGGAAGAACCACCAAAGCCAAAGGAACCUGAAGAGGAAGAAACAGAAGAAAAAUCCUAAAUGAAGCAUAGAAAAUAUGAGUUGCUUCCUCCCUUUCUUUCAGGGAUAUACUAUAGAAAGUUCUUUCGUUCGAGUCUUGGCACUUGGCUCACUCUUGUUUGGUUAAAUUCCACUUUCUGACAUUUUUUCACAAAUUAGUUUAUUGUAAGCUAAUUUGAGAGGUUUAUUUAUGUAUUUAAACAAAGAGUUGUUCACUACAAGAUAUUCUUUAUCGGAGAUUUUUCUCCUCGUUUGAUAUCAUAUCAUAUCACUACUAUGUAAUAAUAACUUACGGGACACAAUCUAAUAUGGUUCACAAUUUUUUCUACCCAUUUUCACUUCAUUUGGGAAUGAUACUUCAUCAGGUUAAUGACAUUUCUGAGGAUGGUAGACAUGACAAAUGCAAGAACUUAGGAAAAUCUCUAUAUAUGCACUUACACUAUGCUGAAAGAAAGCAUACUGAGAUAUUCAAAUGUUUAGGGAAAGCAUUAA